CGAGCGAGCGAUACGAGCCGUGCGUGCGUGCGUGCGUGUGAGCGAGCAAACGAGGGAGAGAGAGAGGGAGAGACGUGAGAGCAAGAUAGAGCGAACGAGUAGGCCAGCGAGACGAUCACGAUGCACGGAGGCGAGCACAAGCGGCCAGGGGCACAGGGCUGAGGGCUGAGGGCUCGACGGGGCCUCGAUUAACGUUCACGGGCCGGCCGCGGCGCAGCCAGCGAGUGAUGGAGCAGCCGAAGACUCCGACGUCCCGGCUAUUCAACGUGACCUGCAUCGAGAACAAGGACGAGCUGGACGAGAAAUUGGAGAGAUGUUACUCGACGUUACAAAAUUUGAUCAUGGGACUUUCAGAGAAGGAGGCCCACGAUACGUUGAACAAUGCCAUGUGCAAGGAAAAGACACAUGAAGAGGUCUCUCUUGGGUUGCUAAUGGUCAUCUUAACAGAUCCACAAAAUGCUGCCAAAAGUUAUAGGGACUUGACACUGAUCACACGAGAUGGCCUGAGCAUUGUGCUACUCCAUCUCAAUCAAUUAGUACUGGAGAAAUAUUUAAAGUUAACUGACAUCACUAGGAGCCAGUUACUAUGGUUGCUGAGGGAAAUGAUAAGGACUAGUGUAACUAAUGUGGAUAAUCUUUGUUUAAGUUUGUUGAGGCAUGCAGCAGGUGGGGAUAUUUCUCCAAGGAACUUAUUUCUAGUUGACGCCCUGUUAGAUAUUUUUCAAGAGAAUCGAGCGUGGUUGGACAAAUUUCCUUUUUUAGUAGCAUCUAUUGUGUAUACGUAUUUACGGUUAAUAGAAGACCACAAUGCACCUCAUUUGACUGGUUUGCGGCAAAAGGAAGUGACCUUCACGAUAUCUUUGAUAAGGGAACGAAUGGCGGACUGUCUGGUCAUCGGAAGAGAUUUGGUUCGUUUACUGCAGAACGUCGCGAGAAUAUCAGAGUUCGAGGCACUCUGGAAGGAUAUAUUAGUUAAUCCAAAAAAUCUUUGUCCAAACUUUAAUGGUGUCCUUCAAUUGCUACAAACUAGAACCUCCAGAAGAUUUCUGCAGUCUCGUUUGACACCAGAAAUGGAGAGAAAGCUUGUGUUCCUGACGAGUAAUGUUCGUUUUGGCAAUCACAAGCGUUAUCAGGAUUGGUUUCAGAGGCAAUACUUGGCAACACCUGAAUCUCAAUCGUUGAGAUGUGAUCUUAUUCGCUUUAUCGUUGGAGUCAUACAUCCCACAAACGAGCUGCUGUGCUCCGACAUUAUUCCACGAUGGGCAGUAAUAGGUUGGUUAUUUACUACGUGCACUUCCACUGUGGCUGCUAGCAACGCGAAGCUGGCUUUGUUUUAUGACUGGUUGUUCUUCGAACCUGACAAGGACAACAUCAUGAACAUUGAACCAGCGAUCCUCGUUAUGCACAAUUCAAUGAGGUCUCAUCCACCUGUCACUGCCACACUUCUAGAUUUUUUAUGCAGGAUAAUACCAAACUUUUAUCCCGUGCUAGCAGAUAAAGUGAGAAACGGCAUAUUUUCAUCAUUGAGACAAAUUUUGGAAAAACGCGUUUUGCCUAGCUUAUACCCAUUAUUUGAUAGCCCGAAACUCGAUCGAGAAUUGAGGAGUAAAAUACGGGAGACCUUCAAAGAAUUUUGUCUACCACCAAACUCAGAACCUGCAGGUAAUAAGGUUCUGAAAUAUUCAGGUAAAAUGGAAGAGCUCAACAAGGAGCACAAUCCAGGGAAUAUAAUAGAGAGUACCACGAAUUCUAUGAUGGAGAACAACCACGUGGCACAGGACCCAGAACCAGCAUUCAGUGACGAAGAAGAAGAAUCUCCUCUCAGAAUAGUGACGAAAGUGGAAGAUGAAGAGGAUGAGGAAGAUGUACCAUUGUCUACGGUUAAAUUAAAAAACGAGCAAAGGAACGCGAAUUGCGUUGUGAAAAAAGAGGAUAUCACGUCACAUUUGCGUCUCAUAUUGGAACCAGAGGAGCUGCGGACUAGCCUAGAAACACUGCAUAUGGAGCCUGACAAUGAGUCGAGAUGCCAAACGAUGGAAAGGAUAGUACAAAUGGUUGUGGAGGAUGAAAUAGACGCAGAGACGAUAUCUGCAUUAGCGUCCUGCAUAUCAACUAUCUUAUCGCCGCAGAUCACGGCACAGAUCUUUCCGUCGGAUAAUUUGAAUGAAGAAGCAUUGGCUGACAGCAUAAGCACGCCGUUGUUUGUUAUGUUUCGAAAUCAAUUUCAAUUAUGCAAGGAAGAAGACAAUAGGCGAAAGCUCUUGGCCAGGGUACUAGCAGAAAUGCAAUCAGUUCAGUCCAAAAUAGGUUAUCUCCUUCUCUAUUUUCUAAAAGUUUGGGGCAGAGAAGAGGAAAAGAGAGAAGGCGAACCGAGCAAUGUUCUAAACGAUGUUAAAGCAUCAGUGUACAAGGACUUUUGCGUGCAGCGAGAAAAAAAAUUAGACGUGUGUUUAGUAUCAGAUUUAAAGCUUUGUCACGAAGAUAACAUAUUCAUGUUGUGUUACCUCGUGCCCGAUGUGUACACAGGAUUUCAAAAUGUCGCUCUUGGAAACGUUCAAUUGUUGCAUCUGGUCGUGUCCACUGUGGAUUCGUAUCAGUUGCAAGAUCUAGUUUGUCAAAUAAUGCAAGGCCAUCUAAAGAUGUUAAAGAAGGAAUCGUUCACCACGCUAUUAACAGCCAGCUUAAACUGGGAGACAUUCGAGCAAUACUGUUUCUGGCAGCUUAUACUCGCACAUGAUUUUCCCAUUGAUUAUGUACUGCCGGUUUUGCCUAAAUUGCAGUUUCGUAAUCAUGCGGAGGCACUUACUUCGAUCUUGUUAAUGCUUAAGCAAGAGAAGCCAACGUUGGAUCUUUUACGACAACUACUCGCCCGGCAGAGCGUUGACGAUGAUAAGUUUGUCGUGUCCGCGUUACGUUACUGGUGUCGUGACUAUGAAGAAAAACUCGGCGAGCUGCUCGCGAAUCUUCUUAGCACCCGUUAUCCCGCAACUAGCCCAAACAAACGGAAACGUUCUGGAGCCAAGCAGAAUCAACAAUCUGGUCCACCUACCGGUGAACAGGUUCUUGGCCAUUUAGAUCAACUACGCCAACACUGUAUGUCUUCCGCGGAACUGCAAUUGUAUCAUUCGGAAGGGAUGCAAAGAGCAUUACAGCAGGCACAAGCGGCGAGUAGUGAUUCACUAAGGAAAAGCUACGGCGAUUUAUUUGCGCUUGCGGAAGUUAACGAAGAGAAUGAACCACCACCGCCAAGUAGUUCUGUGAGAAAACACACUACUGCCUCCUCUGGGGGAGGUGGUGGCAGUGGUAAGGGUGGUCAUAGAAAAACCGGUGCUAAUACAAGAGAAAGAUCCAAUCUGAAGAGACCACUUCCGCGAUAUCAUAUUGAUAGUACCUCUACUAGUGAGGAAGAAGAAAUUGUUAAUCCAAAGCAAGCGAAAAAAAGAAAAAAGAUUAAUCCAGUGGGCUCGGACAGCGACUGACCACCCAGUGUCUUCAUACGUCACAUGGACCACGUCAC